GGCUGUGGAGGAGGCGCCACGUCCACAACCUGCGCCAUCUUCUGAUCUUCUAAUCUUCAUUUUUCGUUAUUUUAAUGAACAAGCUCUGAAUUAAACAACUUUCAAAGGGGCCAAGAAGAAAUCUAUACUCCCAUUAACAAUGGAGAAACUGGCAAUUCCUUGCCAAACGAAUCCUCCAAUUUCUGUUCCUGCUUCAAUUAUCAAACCCAAACCCCUUAAAUUCUCCUCAAAACCAACUAAAUCUUCUAUAUUUUUCACCCAGAAACUUACUACAAGGUUCAAUGACGACCAUUUGAGUUACCUUUGCAGUAAUGGGCUCCUCCGGGAAGCCAUAACAGCCAUCGAUUCAAUGUCUAAACGUGGGUCUAAGUUAAGCACUAACUCUUAUAUCAACUUGCUUCAAACUUGCAUAGAUACGGAUUCUGUUGAACUGGGUCGUGAGCUUCAUGUUCGUAUGAGUUUAGUCGAUCAGGUAAACCCAUUUGUUGAGACAAAGCUAGUUAGCAUGUAUGCGAAAUGCGGGUUUCUAAAAGAUGCACGUAAGGUGUUUGAUGGAAUGCAGGAGAGGAAUUUGUACACUUGGUCGGCAAUGAUAGGCGCAUAUUCAAGAGAGCAGAGAUGGAAAGAAGUAGUUGAACUUUUCUUUUUGAUGAUGGGAGAUGGGGUAUUGCCUGAUGCAUUUCUUUUCCCAAAAAUAUUGCAGGCUUGUGGGAAUUGCGAGGAUCUUGAAACUGUGAAGUUAAUACAUUCUGUGGUUAUUCGAUGUGGGUUAAGUUGUUAUAUGCGUGUCAACAAUUCUAUUUUGACGGCAUUUGUCAAAUGUGGGAAAUUGAGUCUAGCUAGGAAGUUCUUUGAGAACAUGGACGAAAGAGAUGAGGUCUCUUGCAAUGCUAUGAUAGCUGGUUAUUGCCAGAAGGGAAAUGGUAAUGAAGCUAGGAGAUUGCUUGAUGCGAUGAGCGAUCAAGGAUUCAAACCGGGUCUGAUUACUUAUAACAUAAUGAUUGCUAGUUAUAGCCAGUUGGGGAAUUGUAGUCUUGUUCUAGAAUUGAAGAAGAAGAUGGAGAGUAUGGGGAUAGCGCCUGACGUCUAUACUUGGACCUCAAUGAUAUCGGGUUUUGCUCAAAGCAGCAGGAUUAGUCAGGCAUUGGAUUUCUUCAAGGAGAUGAUUCUAGCUGGGGUUGAACCAAAUGCUAUAACUAUUGCAAGUGUGACCUCGGCCUGUGCUUCCUUAAAAUCACUGCAAAAAGGGCUGGAGAUACAUUGUUUUGCAAUUAAAAUGGGAAUUGCGCACGAAGUAUUGGUUGGGAAUUCACUUAUUGAUAUGUAUUCUAAAUGUGGAAAAUUGGAAGCUGCUCGCCAUGUCUUUGACACGAUUUUAGAAAAAGACAUUUAUACGUGGAACUCGAUGAUUGGAGGAUAUUGUCAGGCUGGAUAUUGUGGUAAAGCAUAUGAACUUUUUAUGAGAUUAAGGGAAUCAAAUGUAAUGCCUAAUGUUGUUACAUGGAAUGUGAUGAUAUCAGGAUGUAUACAGAAUGGAGAUGAGGAUCAAGCUAUGAACCUCUUUCAAAUCAUGGAAAAAGAUGGGGAGGUUAAGCGGAAUACAGCAUCCUGGAAUUCUCUUAUUGCUGGGUACCACCAGCUUGGUGAAAAGAACAAAGCUCUAGCAAUAUUUCGACAAAUGCAGUCUCUUAAUUUUAAUCCUAAUUCAGUGACUAUCUUGAGCAUUUUACCAACUUGUGGAAAUGUAAUGGCAGAGAAAAAAAUAAAGGAAAUCCAUGGUUGUGUGUUGCGCAGAAACCUGGAGUCUGAGCUUCCUGUUGCAAACUCACUUAUAGACACUUAUGCCAAAUCAGGGAACAUUCAAUAUUCAAGAACCAUCUUUGAUGGCAUGCCAUCCAAAGAUAUUAUCACCUGGAAUUCAAUUAUUGCAGGAUAUGUUUUACAUGGUUGUUCAGAUGCUGCAUUUCAUUUGUUUGGUCAGAUGAAAAAGUUUGGAAUUAGGCCGAACCGAGGUACUCUGGCUAGUAUUAUUCAUGCCUAUGGCAUUGCUGGAAUGGUAGACAAGGGAAGACAUGUUUUUUCUAGCAUCACUGAAGAACAUCAAAUUCUACCAACUUUAGAUCAUUAUUUUGCUAUGGUAGAUCUGUAUGGACGUUCUGGGAGGCUUACAGAUGCAAUAGAGUUCAUCGAAGAUAUGCCUAUAGAACCCGAUGUCUCUAUCUGGACAAGCUUACUUACUGCCUGUAGGUUUCACGGCAACUUACACUUGGCAGUACAAGCAGUCGAGCGCCUACACGAAUUGGAGCCUGAUAAUCAUGUGGUUUACCGUUUAUUAAUACAAGCAUAUGCUUUAUAUGGGAAAUUUGAACAAACUCUAAAAGGGAGAAAGCUUGGAAAAGAGAGUGCGAUGAAGAAAUGUACAGCACAGUGCUGGGUUGAAGUCAGGAACAAAGUCCAUUUAUUUGUCACUGGCGAGCAGUCUAAGCUUGACGUUCUAAAUACUUGGAUAAAGAGCAUUGAAGGGAAAGUAAAGAAAUUUAAUAAUCACCAUCAUCUUUCUAUUGAAGAAGAACAGAAAGAAGAAAAAAUUGGUGGGUUCCACUGUGAAAAAUUUGCUUUUGCUUUUGGCCUUAUUGGCUCAUCUCAUACACCCAAAAGUAUAAAGAUUGUGAAAAAUUUAAGAAUAUGUGGGGACUGUCAUCAGAUGGCCAAAUAUAUCUCAGCGGCUCAUGAAUGUGAAAUAUAUUUAAGUGACUCAAACUGCUUGCACCAUUUCAAAAAUGGUCACUGUUCUUGUGGGGAUUAUUGGUGCUAUUCAUUUGCUUUGCAUUAUUUGAUUGCAUUCAACUUUUUUUUUCUUCCACAGCCAGUUAGAAGUUUGUUUUUUCCCACACAGAGUUUUGAUGAUUCUCGAAAAAUCAAGCCAAUCAUGGCUGGUCCUUUUGGAGGACCAGGUGGAAGUAACUGGGAUGAUGGAGUUUAUUCAACUAUCAGGCAGUUGGUAAUUUGCCAUGGAGCUGGUAUCGACUCCAUUAAGAUUCAAUAUGAUGUGAAGGGAAGUUCAAUUUGGUCAGAUAGACAUGGAGGAAAUGGUGGCACUAAAACAGACACGGUGAAGCUUGAUUUUCCGGAUGAGUACUUGACUAUGAUCCGUGGACACUAUGGUAGCUUUGUGUCAUUUGACAAAGUUUUUGUUCGAUCCCUGACUUUUAUGAGCAACAAAAAGAAGUACGGACCUUACGGGGUCGAACAAGGAACAAUUUUCUCGUUUCCCAUGACUGAGGGCAAGAUUGUAGGGUUCCAUGGCAGGAGUGGAUUGUACCUGGAUGCCAUUGGAGUUUAUCUAAAGCCUAUGGCUACACAAUCGCCAUCUAAAGCAAUGAUUCAGUCACAGAAUUAUGUUGCUAGUAAGACUGACAGUGAAGGCUAUUCAAUUAUACAAGGCAGUGUUGGCCAAAAUUAUGAUAUUGUUCUUGCUGUUAGGCAGAAGGAUGAAUUCAAAAAGCCUCUUCCAACUACUAUCUCAAAACAAGUAUCUAGUUCCUCAAGCUCAGAAUCAAGCGAUGAUGAAUCCACAGUCAAGAGGCCUGUUAAGAAGGGACCGUCUAGAGUCGAAAAUGUGGUACCAUGUGGACCCUGGGGUGGCUCAGGUGGAACUCCAUUUGAUGAUGGAUAUUAUACUGGUAUUAGACAAAUUAAUGUGUCGCGUAAUGUUGGAAUUGUAUAUAUAAGAGUUCUGUAUGCUUGUGAUGAGGAAUCUAUAUGGGGAGGACGAGCAGGUGGAACUGGAGGAUUCAAAAAUGACAAGGUUAUCUUGGAUUAUCCAUAUGAAAUCUUGACUCAUGUAACUGGACACUAUGGGCCUGUCAUGUACAUGGGACCUAAUGUUAUCAAGUCACUCACAUUCCAUACUACAAAAACGAAGUACGGACCAUUUGGAGAGGCACAAGGAACCCCCUUUAGUACCAACGUCAAGGAGGGGAAGAUCGUUGGAUUUCAUGGGAGGAAAGGUUUGUUCCUAGAUGCUCUUGGUGUGCACUUAGUUGAAGGAAAGGUGACCCCGGUGUCUCGUCCUCCCUCCAGCGGUAUUGUUCCUGCUGCACCACCGGUUCUUGAAAAUGAGAAUGCCCCUUGGACUGUGAAACUGGCACCUUCAAAAGGAGGAGCACUUGAAGAGAUUGCUCGUGGUGUAGUAAAACAACCAGCACCCUGUGGACCUGGACCAUGGGGCGGAGAUGGCGGGAAACCAUGGGAUGAUGGAGUAUUUUCGGGCAUUAAACAGAUAUACUUGACACGGUCUCUUGAAGCUUUUUGUUCGAUUCAAAUUGAAUAUGAUCGAAACAAACAAUCAGUUUGGUCAGUUAAGCAUGGAGGAAACAGUGGAACAACCAUACAUCGGGUAAAAUUGGAUUAUCCACAUGAAGUGUUAACUUGUAUAUCAGGAUAUUACGGUUACAUCGGUAAAGAUGAGAGACAACAAGCUAUAAAGUCGCUUACUUUUCACACAAGCAGGGGGAAGUUCGGUCCAUUUGGGGAGGAGGUAGGGUCGUUUUUCACGUCCACGACGACGGAGGGCAAAGUGGUUGGCUUCCAUGGGAGGAGCAGCUUGUAUUUGGACGCCAUUGGAGUUCACAUGCAACACUGGCUAGGAAGCCAAAGGGCUUCCAAGUCUUUGUUCAAACUGUUCUGAUAUGAAAAUGAAAGAACUAAUAAUGCUGAGAUGGAGCAAUAUGAUUCCGUUAGUAAUCAAUUAGGGAAAAGUGAGAUUCUAUCAUCUUUUCCUUGUCUUCCAUUUGCAUGGAAAAGAAUGUUUGGCCUAAUCAAUAACGCUUAUCAAUAUUAUUCCUGCAUAUGAUAUUUCAUAUUCGAUACUACUAGUGAAAUGUAAUAAAAAUUGAGCGUGAAUACAGUAUGUAGAGUGAUUUUUUAAGUGUUUUUUUAAUCAAUGAAGUUUUUUUUUUUUUUUUU